AUUGUCACUAUUUUAUUUCUAAUCUAGCAUUAUAUCGUUUCUUAUUCAGGUCUGCUCGCUAGCGGCUUCAACUGGUGAUUAAACAUAAUUGUGUCUCGAAGGCAUUCUUAUCGGAAAUGGAAAACCUAAUGACAUUGUUUUCUCCUUGUUAAAUUCUCCUGUCAGAGACACAGAUGAACGAGUCGCGCGACAUGUUUUGGCUCAAUGCUUCGCUUUCCCAGUGAUUUGUAACGUCGAUAAGAUGACGAUAUAAAUACAGACACCACGGCAAGUAGCGAAGGGAGAUAAUACACGCAGAUUUUCCAGCAAAGAUCAAAGCAGGAAGACAAUCAAAGGAUGAUGGUUGGGUCUUACCCGAGUUUGCUCUUGAAAACAUUUUCUCUUUUUUCGUUGAUUGCUCUUGUGAGGUCAGAAUUUCUAUUUACUCCAAUUUACAAAACAAACUCUGGCCCUGUCCGAGGGAGAAGCGUUCAUUUGUCAAGUAACAAAACUGUUCAUGAAUUCCUUGGAAUACCAUAUGCAAAAGCGGAACGGUUCGCAUAUCCACAGAAAUAUAAAUGGGAAGAAACUUUAGAAGCGACCCAAUUUACAAAACCUUGCCCCCAACUUGUCAUACCUUCUAAAGGAGCAAAAACACCCUAUGAAACUACAGAGAAUUGUCUUAAUUUAAAUAUAUUUGUCCCUGUCAAAGAGGGAAAGACAUGGAAAGACCCAUUGGCUGUAGUAGUGUGGAUAGCAGGGUUAUUUUACAGUUAUGGAAACGCCGUAGAAAUGGAUGGGAGAUUUUUGGCGAGCAAUGAAGAAGUUAUUGUUGUAACUUUAAAUAACCGUUUGGGCGUACUUGGGUAUUUGAAAUACGGAGAUGUGUUUAGGGGGAACUACGGCGUUGCUGAUCAAAUAAUGGCUCUAAAAUGGAUUCGCGCCAACAUUGAAAGGUUUGGCGGCGAUCCUCGUCACGUGACUUUACUUGGCCAAUCAGCAGGAGCCAUGAGUGCGGGGCUGCUUCUCACUUCUCCCCAGGCCCUUGGUCUUUUUGACCGCGCUAUCCUGCUUAGCGGAUCACCGCUGUCUUUAGCGGCCAUCGCUGGCGCUGAUGAGGCCGAAAUGCAAGCAAGACAGAUUAUCAAGGCGGUUAGAUGUGAAAGCAGUCCGGAUUUGAAACGAUGCCUUGUAGCAAAACCUCUCCACGACAUCUUACAAGCCCAGGGAAAUAUCAGCAACAUUCCCAUAAAGUCGCCGUUUGCGCCAGUCAUAGAUGGAGAUCUAAUACCAGGUGAUCCAGAUAGUCAGAUGCUGUCCGGGAAGAUGUCAGUGUCCGAGAUUAUGCUGGGUGUGGUCGAUAACGAGGGGACCAUCCUUUUACCAGGGACUCUCCCAGGCGUGACGGAGCCCCAAACCUUAUCCAUGAACAGCUUUGACAUCAGGGCAUUCAGGUCUUUAGUAAAAAGAUCUAAGCUUAUCAAAAGGCCCAGCGAAGCAGCCACAAGGAUCAUAACACAUCAAUACACUAACUGGAGCCAUUCCAAUAACAAUACCGAGAUAGUAAAAUCAUUGGUCAAGAUUUUCACUGACGCAGCGUUCACGGCGCCGGCCAUCAAGGCAGCAAGGAUACUGGCAAAACGUCACGUCACCACUUUCUUCUUUCGAGUCGAGCUGAAACCUUCAGUUCUUUCGGGAUUUGGGUCACGUGAUGAUGACAUGCGCGGGAAAACCGCUGACAUACUUUCUGGAGACGCUGGUAGUCCUGAGUUGAGGAAUACGCUUGUGAGAAUGAUCGCCGCUUUUGCUAAAUCAGGUAUACCGAGUGCGUCUAACGAUUCUCGUACCCCACUCUGGCCUCGGUUCAGUGCCUUGCGGAGCCCCUACAUGUCAAUCACACCUUCCUGUGAGGUGCGUCAUUGGCUUUUGCCUUCCCGGAUGUCGCUAUGGAACGAGCUACUGCCCUCACUAGAGGUGGUCAGCGGCUGCACGCUGGCGAAACGGGAAGAUGUCAAACCCACGACUACGGCAAAGCUGGAGAGAUGUGAAAAAGACAGCACGUCCAAGGUCUUGACUGCUGUCGUGGCUAUCAUGGCGAUCGUCAUCAUCAUUAUGCUGUCAAUUAUUGUCUACCAGGGGCGGACGCUAAGCAAACGCGCUGAUGUCAACGGGGCUUGCGAAACACUCCAGUAGGGGGGAGGGAAGACAGUCUAGCCUAACGUUUUAUGGUGGAAGGCGAAGGGUGUUUGGACCUGUAAUAGGAAGGAGGGAUGAACUGCCAAACAUAUGGAGAAGGAAUAGGCAGUUUUUAUAGCGGUAAUAAUAGGCAUAGUCUAACACUAGGGUAGGGUAGGGGUAAGGAUAGUCUAAAACA